UGGUAACUUCAUGGCCACAUAAUACGCUCCCUUUCAGAUGUAGAUUUCUCUCUGAUAUCUUCUCUAUGGUUGCCACAAAACCGAAGCAUGACUAUUUCUCUUAACUCAGUGUUCGGCUUCAAUUUUAAGUAUGUCUGGAGAUCUUCUGUUGGAGCUUCAGUACUUAAGGCCAACCCCAUGGUUUCUCCCUUGCAAAUGUAUGGCUCUGGGGGAUUUAUACACCAAAAAAGAUGGGGACUGUGUCUUUCACUGGCGGGCAGCGACCCACUUUCUGCGGAUAGCACCAUAAAGGAUUCCGGAGAGGCUGAGAGACUGGUUUCCGAUGAUCGGGUUUCGGCCGUGAAUCUUCCAUCAUUGGAUGAUCAAAAUUCUGAGGUUAGUAAUGGUUCAAUGGUUUCUUCAAAUCCAGAGGAGGAGGUGUCGCCAUCUCCAAACUUGCAGUCCACGACAAGAAAAGUUUCUCUAACGGCUAAAGAAAGAUUAAGGGCAGCCCGGGUUCUCAGCCGUUACACAGAGUCAGGGCCGGCCCAAUACAUGUGCCAGAUGGGCGACAGCCCAAGGCAGCAUAUUUGAGGGGGCAUCAUACUG